AUGAAUUCUAAAAUGGAAUUCACCGACCGAGCCAAGAAGGCGUUGGAAGACGCCAUGGCCCUUGCCGAGCAAUACGCUCAUACACAACUCCUCCCCGUCCACCUUGCGGUGGCUCUUCUCGACCCUCUACCCGACCAGUCCAAAGACCAGCAGAAUGCGCCGCAAGGAACGACCUCCACACUUCUUAGACAAGUCAUUGAGCGUGCUCACGGCGACCCGCAACUCUUCGAUAGAGCUCUGAAGAAGACCUUGGUCCGCCUGCCGAGCCAAGAUCCUCCUCCGGAGAAUAUCUCCAUGGCACCGUCAUUCAACAACGUCUUGCGAAAAGCGAUGGAGCUUCAGAAAGUACAGAAGGACACAUACAUUGCUGUCGACCAUCUGAUCACAGCACUUUCGGAGGACUCUUCGAUUGAGAACGCAUUGAAGGAAUCCAAUAUCCCGAAACCUAAAUUGGUGCAAGAGGCCGUCCAGGCUAUCCGUGGCACGAAGCGAGUCGAUUCGAGAACAGCCGACACUGAGCAAGAAAACGAGAAUCUGGCCAAGUUCACCAUCGACAUGACAGCAAUGGCACGGGAAGGCAAGAUCGACCCAGUCAUUGGACGAGAAGAAGAAAUUAGGAGAGUCAUUCGGAUCCUAUCUCGUCGAACCAAGAACAACCCCGUGCUUAUUGGUGAACCUGGUGUUGGUAAGACGACAGUUGUCGAAGGUCUCGCGCAACGAAUCGUCAAUGCCGAUGUUCCAGACAACCUAGCAGCUUGCAAACUGCUCUCGCUCGAUGUCGGUGCUUUGGUUGCUGGCAGCAAGUACCGAGGAGAGUUCGAAGAGAGGAUGAAGGGUGUACUGAAGGAGAUUUCGGAGUCCAAGGAGAUGAUCGUCCUAUUUGUCGAUGAAAUUCAUCUGUUGAUGGGUGCCGGCUCUUCUGGCGAAGGUGGCAUGGACGCGGCCAACUUGCUGAAGCCGAUGCUUGCUCGUGGCCAGCUACACUGUAUCGGUGCCACAACCUUGGCUGAGUACCGCAAGUACAUCGAGAAGGAUGCCGCCUUUGAACGACGUUUCCAACAGGUCCUUGUCAAGGAGCCUUCAAUCCCGGAGACUGUCUCCAUUCUCCGUGGUCUGAAGGAGAAAUACGAAGUCCACCAUGGUGUUAACAUCGCUGAUAGCGCCAUCGUUGCUGCCGCCAAUCUUGCAGCUCGGUAUCUGACUUCACGAAGACUGCCUGACUCCGCAGUGGAUCUCAUCGACGAAGCAGCCGCGGCUGUAAGAGUUGCCCGGGAGUCGCAACCAGAAAUUAUUGAUUCUCUGGAGCGUAAACUGCGGCAGUUGAAGAUCGAGAUUCACGCUCUAUCUCGAGAGAAGGAUGAUGCUUCGAAGGCUCGUCUCGCACAGGCUAAGCAGGAUGCUAGCAACGUCGAGGAAGAGCUCAGACCUCUUCGGGAGAAGUAUGAGAGCGAGAGGAAGCGUGGCAAAGAUAUUCAAGAAGCCAAGAUCAAAUUGGAUCAACUGAAGGUGAAGAUGGAAGAUGCGAGCAGAAUGGGUGACCACGCCAGGGCCGCCGAUCUCCAAUACUACGCUAUUCCGGAACAAGAGGCUAUCAUCAAGCAGCUUGAGAAAGACAAAGCUGCUGCAGAUGCUGCCAUCAGUGCCAGUUCCGCGGAUACUGGUGGCUCUAUGAUCACCGAUGUUGUCGGGCCAGACCAGAUCAACGAGAUUGUCUCAAGAUGGACUGGCAUUCCUGUUACCAGGUUGAAGACUUCCGAGAAAGAGAAGCUUCUGCACAUGGAAAGAGCCCUCGGCAAGAUCGUUGUUGGCCAGAAGGAGGCAGUCAACUCAGUCUCUAACGCUAUUCGUCUCCAGCGGUCCGGUCUCAGCAACCCCAAUCAACCUCCCAGUUUCCUGUUCUGUGGUCCAUCCGGUACUGGUAAGACACUGCUGACGAAAGCACUUGCCGAGUUCCUGUUCGAUGAUCCCAAGGCAAUGAUCCGGUUCGAUAUGUCCGAGUACCAAGAGAGGCAUUCACUUAGCCGAAUGAUCGGUGCGCCACCAGGUUAUGUCGGCCACGACUCUGGUGGUCAGUUGACGGAGGCUCUCCGACGCAAGCCUUUCUCUAUCCUUCUAUUCGACGAGGUAGAGAAGGCUGCGAAGGAAGUCCUUACAGUGCUUCUGCAGCUGAUGGAUGAUGGACGUAUCACUGAUGGCCAAGGCCGUAUUGUGGACGCCCGCAACUGUAUCGUGGUCAUGACCUCGAACUUGGGCGCUGAGUACCUGGCCCGACCAGCUGGCAAGGAUGGCAAGAUCGACCCGACUACUCGCGAACUUGUCAUGAAUGCGCUACGCAACUACUUCCUACCCGAGUUCCUCAACCGAAUCUCAUCCACUGUCAUCUUCAACCGUCUCACCAGGAAGGAGAUUCGCAAGAUUGUUGAUCUACGCCUCAGCGAAAUCCAGAAGCGGUUGGCAGACAACAACCGCAAUGUCAUCAUCUCCAUUUCUGACGAAGCCAAAGACUAUCUCGGCAAUGCUGGCUACUCACCAGCCUACGGCGCAAGACCUCUCACUCGACUCAUCGAGAAGGAGGUGCUCAACAGACUGGCAAUCCUCAUCCUUCGCGGCAACAUUCGUGAUGGUGAGGUGGCCAGAGUCGAGCUGGUCGACAACAAGAUCGUUGUCCUCUCAAACCACCCGGACAGCGAGGCUGAUGAUGAGGAGAUGCUUGUUGACGAUGAGGAUGAUGCUCUAGAGGAGAUCAUCGCAGACGACGGCAUGGAUGAGGACAUCUACGAUUAA